UGUGCUUUAUCAAAGGAAAUCGUAUUACUGCCACUGGCGAGAAAAAGUUUUUUUUUUAAAUUAUUGGUGAAUGAUUUACUGUGUGUUGAAAAACUAAAGUUACUAUAACUCGCGAAGUAGUUAAGUUUCAAAGCGUUUUGUGAAGUGACGGAUUGAUCGCAUAAAUUGGCAACAAAAAAGUAGUUCAGAGUGAAAAGUGAGAGGAAGAAAAUUCUUAUCGUGUAAAGGAAAAUUCAUCUCGUGCUCUCGAGUUACGUGAUACCUAUUGUUCCUUGCUUGUGAUUUAACCGCGCCGUGAAAAAGUUGAAUCUUUGAACAUGUUUUCCGGAUUAACAAACCAAGUCAGUUCGUGGAUCGGAGCUGCUAAAGGCGAGCCACAGGAUGAGGAGGUGCCUACACCCCCAAAUUCUGCAGCAACAGCUCCAGCGACGGCUACCGUGGAUACUUCAGCAACAUCGGCAGCAGGAGCAGGAGCAUCAUCAGCAGCAGCAACUGCGACAUCCGCGGCCGAUGAAGGCGACAAAAGCCCCACAAAAGCUGGCGUUUUCUCCGGCGUCUCAUCGAAAGUAACAGGUUGGCUGGGUAAUGCAUCCAUGCCGUCAAUGCCCGCGAUGCCAUCCAUGCCAACGGUUUCAAUGCCAGCGAUGCCUGCAAUGCCCUCGAUGCCGUCGAUACCCGGACUACGAAAGGCGAAUCCAGACGAGAACGGUGGCAUCGUGAACGAGGGCCUAGUCACGUCACCGGAAAAGACCACGAAUCAAGGUAUUGCCGGAACGACGGACGCCGCGGACGACGAAGACCGGUCCAGGUAUAUUAGACCACAGGAAAGUGCUACAGGAGGCGCAGACUCUCGACCUGCCACAGGUCCCGGAACACCCACAGAGGAAAAUGCCGGUCAGAUUGGUCAAGUUACUCACAAAGUCACGGCCGGAGCAAAGUCGAUCGGUUCAUUCCUGUUCACAUCAUUCAACAAGGCGGGUGAUAAAAUCAAACACCUAAAGGACAACACCAUUUUGGGAGAAUUCAACAAAGAACAGGAAGCAUUCAUUAAGAACCAGAAAGGCGCUGGAGGAGCAGGCGCUUGCCCCUGGUCCGGGCAUGCAAAUGAGGCCAAGAUUAAAGAAGAAAUUCUCAGUCUAUCUGCGGACCGCCGGAACUUUGUACGAGCGCCACCCGCUGGAGUCGAGUUUGAAUUCGAUUACGACAGCUGCUAUCCGGUAGCGUUAGCCAUCAUGAACGAGGACAAAGAGCUGGAGAAAAUGCGAUUUGAGCUGGUACCUAAAAUCAUCACGGAAGAGAACUUCUGGCGUAACUACUUCUACCGCGUCUCUCUGAUAUGCCAAGCCGGAGACCUCGGAACCCUGGGCGACAACAACGAUCUGGUCAAGCGAGGAAUGAGCGAAGAUACAGAGGAACCAUUACUAAAAACAAGCACCAAAACGAAAGUGGCCGCGACCGAGGGCUCUGUCGGCGAAACGAAGGUUUCCAAUGAAACGGAAUUUGUGUCCGAUUCAUUCAAAGCCACCGAUGUCGACUUGGAAGAAGUCCGGGCCAGUAUGAAGAAACUAGGAAUCGAUUCGCUGGCUAAACAAGCCAACGAAAGCAUUGGCAAUGAUUCUGAGAAAACUGAAGAGCAAUGGGAAAAGGAUCUGGAAGCCGAACUGCAAGACUACGAGGUGGUCAACGACGGAAGCGGCCGAAAUUCGAACUGGGAGAAAGAUGUUGACGAGCUGCUAGACGACGAACCCGACCUCAAAUAAAUCGUGAGUGUCCCUCGUACAGUUGUUUCGUAAUGUGAAGAAAUGCUGCAUUCUAGGUGUAUAUAAACUAAUUUAUCAUCGUAUAAUUUGUUGUAGGUUGAGUUAUUUUAACUUAUUGAAAAAUAAAAUGGUUUUCUUGGGGUUAUCGUACGUUGCAUAUCGUUUUCUAUCGCAAUCGAUGUAUGCCGAACAGGAUUGUAAAACUAUCUUCAAAAAAAUUUCGAUUACUAUUCCAGCUGUUUGGUACGGGGUUUCGUUCAUUUUCUAAUAUCAAUUUUUUCCAUUCAAUUUGAUUUGGUAAACCAUUACAUAAAUUGAGCCUGUCUUCAAUACGAUUUUAUCUUAUUGAGCAACAGAGCGAAAUGUAUCGUACAACACAACUGACGAAGGCAUUAUCAAUCGCUCGGCUGUGAACGAAACACUAACACAAUCGAAGCGUUAUUCGGAUGAUUUACAUCCAACGAACUUUAUCUUCAGGAGCCAUUACAUUUAAGAAAUUUUUCAAAUUUCGAAAUAUACCAUUUGAUACCGACAGGUAGGGCAGAGAAAAAUCACAGCUAAACAUCCCAUAACUCCUUUCUAGCACUGUCACCGUUUUUAACAAGUUUUGAUUGUGACAAGGCAGCAUUUCGCCAGGUAUAUGAGCAUAAAAAUAGAAAAAAAAAGUAAAAACAAAUUCCUAUUUGAAUCGCAUCCACUACCUUGGAAGCAAUUUAGUUGUCUAAGAAAUGUAAUACCUCUGAAGGAAUACACCUCUGAGCUAAAAUCUACUUCAAAUGGAAAAAAGUUAUCCAAUCUUUACUCACUACGAUAUCGAACGAAAUUAUAUAACCCCAAACAAGUGCGAAGGCCGAAUUGUCACAAAUCAACUAGAUUCAUAUUGUUAUCGGCACGAACCCUAACAACUCAGAGCAGCAAAUCUUUUCGUAUUAAAUAUUGUUUUAUUACGAGCGACUCUCCAUAAAAACGGAAACCCAGUUGAAGAUCAUUUGAAUGUUACUGAGAACACGAUUGAGACAAAAAAGAAUCCUCGGCGAUACACCUGUUAUCGGCGGUUGGGUAUGUGUUUUGAGAAAUUAUGAAAAAGGAAAGAAAAUGAAAAUUGGUCGUUGAAAUGGUGAUGUCUCACUACAAAGCCGUGGAAAAUUCACUCACCGUCACGUGACGCUACGUCGAUUAUAGGUCAAUCAUCGAAGACAAACACAACCAAACCAAACGAAUGAAAUCAGUUCAAUUAGGAUGAAUUUUUAACGUUUUAACUUUAACUUAACAAAAAGCUGCAAACAGACUUAGUGCAACACUCGUUUCUUUUUACUUUAUCUCUGAAUAAAAAAGCGAACUCAACACAAUCUUCCAGACUUAUAAAAUUUUAUCUUUUUUCAAAAAUAUGUAUAACAGAUUCAAUUAGUAAAAAAAUAUUGAUUACACACAAACUCUCAAGCUUACGAUUUAAGACAAACAAAGAAUAAACACUGAUACCAAUAUAACGGAAACAAAGACAUUUUCACAUCGCACAGUUUUAGAUUCCAACAAUAACAACAAAGAAAACUCAUAACAAGUGACAGACAAGAAGAAAAACCAUUAGUCAAGUCGAAUUUUCCCAAACGAUUCCUGUUUGCUGUAAAAAAGAAAGUAAAACAAAAACAAAAUUAUCCGUAAUCAACAGCGAAACUGUCAACGGUUGUCCGAUCCGCGUUAGUGAUGAGACGUAUUUGCACUUUUUUGGUUUUGUUACAGGAAAAUUAUAAAUCACAAAUGUCAACCGUUGAUAAAAUCGUACAGAAACGCGUGUUGUCUCUCGGCGAUUCCACCUUAACAACCUUAUUUGACCAUUCCAUUUUAUGUUUGAACGCGUUCCGAGCAUUCCGGAUAACGAUGCAUGCAAAAUAGUUGCAAAUCCAAGAAUAGCGUCGAGAAAACAAAAAAAACACUUUAGAAAAUAGUCGAAAAGAUAUUUAAAGAAAAAGCAACACCAGCCGUACGUACUUCACCACUCUUUCAAACGCCUGUUUGAAGUAUUCGCAUACUCUUCUUUUUUCCGUUCGUAAUAUCUUUCAAAGCUGCAUCCGCAGAAAACGACAGAAUAAGAGUUAAAAAAAUAAAGAAUCUAUCCUAUAUUUAAUGAAUAAACUGAAAGUAAGAUUGUUUAAUAUAUUAUAACACAAUAUAUACAUAUUACGAUAUACUACCGAAUAUUAAGCAUUGAUAUGUGUAAGAAAUCAGAAAUAAAAGUAAAUAAACAGAGGGAUAUUGUGAACAUUAACUGAAA